CGCAAUAUCCACCACUUGUGACCGCCUAUACAAACCGGAGUGAUCUUAAGGCAGUCGAGGAUCGGUCCGACUCGGAGUUCACAUCACCCUGCCAAGCUCGUAAGGCUCGGCCGCUUGACCUCAGAAUUCCUGCAAUCGUUGCGGGUAUACUCCCUUCUAGCACAUUAUGAACAACGCAUCACAGUCUCAGUACGCCCCCGCGGCACACGUCCCUCUAAUCAAGUCGCCUAGUCUCCGUGUACCACGACCGGUCGAACUACCUCCCGAUAUUCAUCCGCUACCUGAUAGUGUGACCGCAUACUUCGUGUACCCGUUCACACUCGAGCCGCAUGUCCUAACAUUGGAGGCAUCGCGACGAUCCACUCUCGCAGCACACGCAGCACGCCGCGAGGCAUACCUCAAGGCGCGCGAGGAAGAGAAGGAGCGUCGCAAACGGGAGGCGCUGCACAGGAUCGCCCCCGGCUUCGAGCCCAAAUCGAUUCCGCUGGUCCCCACGAAGCGGUUUUCUGGUGUUCCAGCCCAGUCUGGAUCCCCGGGUGAGGCUGGGUCGCCAGCUGGAGAAGGUGCGGGAGGGCACCAGAGGACGAAGUCGGUCAUGGAGGAUCUGGUGGACCAGUUGGAGGCUAUGGACUCGUUGAAGUGACCCGCUACUUUCUUGUACCUGUACAACAUACCCUGAACAUACCCA